CUAUUUAUUUACACCCUGUUAACAUAUAAAAGUAAUGACUUCCUCUGUGAUUUAACGUCGUUUUUUACAGUGUAGAAGAAGCGCGCUGUGGAUGAGAGGAGGAGGUGGAGGAGGUGGAGGAGGAGGAGGAGGAGGAGGAGGAGGAGGAGGAGGAGGAUGGUCCUGCUGUCACACACAGAUGAGAACACAGCGGCAGGUUUCAGGAGGGCACCGCCGAUUAGAUCAUCUCGUUUGUUGCCUCCUCGGGGAGCGGCGGGGACCAAUGGACGCGCGGAGACCGGAGGACGAAAAAAAAAAGGAAAGAAGACCUAAUUGUGUUGUAAUUUAAUCCAAGUCCAGAUCCGCCGGAGAGACGACGCGGAACCACGGCCAGCACCGCAAACUUCACGGCGGGUCCGCGAAACUGUUGAGUUGACGGGCACGACGAUGACAUCACGCGCGGAAGACGCGUCCGGGGCUGCGUCGGAAGGGAGCGUCUCCGUCCACAGCAACAGAUGCCGAGACGCGCGGGAUGAGAAGUGAGCUCCUCUGAGGAUCAUCCUCCCUCAACUGGAUUUACAAAUACCUCUCCCAAUACCUCGCCCGCCCUGAAGCCAGCAUGCCCAUCAUCAGCAAUGCCAACCACGACUUCAGCACCUACUCGAUCAGCAGCGACGACAGCAGCCUCGACCGAUUCUUCACCGAGAUCCCGGAGACGGAGACCAUCAAGGGCGUCUACUUCCAGCGCGCCCAGCUGCUCCGUGGCCCCAAGGCCCCGUACGCCGUCGACCACGCCCUGCAGGUGCUCAUCAACGUCGGGGGCAACCGCUACACCUUCCCCUGGAGCACCCUGGAGCAGUUCCCCCAGAGCCGCCUGGGGCGCCUGCGUUUCUGCACCACCCCCGAGGAGAUUGCGCGGCUCUGCGACGACUACGACGAGACCUGCCGGGAGUACUUCUUCGACCGCAACCCGACGGCCUUCAGGGUCAUCCUCAACUUCCUGGCGGCGGGGAAGCUGCGUCUGCUGCGGGAGCUGUGCGCCGUGUCGCUGCACGACGAGCUGGACUACUGGGGCGUGGACCCGGGCCACAUGGAGCGCUGCUGCCGCCGCCGCAUGAACACCCGCGUGGAGGAGGUGGCCGAGCGAGAGCGCAAGGAGCAGGAGUGGAGGCAGAAGCGGGUGAUGCUGAAGAGAGGCACCACAGAGAUCAAAAGGGGCUACCACAAACUGACCUGGAUGCUCCGAGAGGUGGUGGAAAACCCCCAGUCGGGGUUGGCCGCCAAGAUGUUCGCCUGCCUCUCGGUGGUCAUGGUGCUGGUCACCGUCAUCAGCCUGUGCAUCAGCACCAUGCCAGACCUCAGAGAUGAAGAGACCAGGGGCGAGUGCUCCCAGAAGUGCCAGAGCAUGUUCGUGGUGGAGUCCAUCUGCGUGGCGUGGUUCACUCUGGAGUUCCUGCUGCGGUUCGUCAACGCUCGGAGCAAGCUGGCCUUCGCCCGCGGCCCCCUCAACAUCAUCGACGCCAUCGCCAUCCUGCCCUACUACGUGUCCCUGGUCGUGGACGUCAGGGAAGGGUCGCGGGACGACGUGGUGGCCGUGGGCGCCGGCAGAGGCUACCUGGACAAGCUGAGCCUGAUCCUGCGCCUGCUGCGCGCCCUGCGCAUCCUCUACGUGAUGCGCCUCGCCCGCCACUCGCUGGGCCUGCAGACGCUGGGGAUGACCAUGCAGCGCAGCAUGAGGGAGUUCGGCCUGCUGCUGCUGUUCGUCUGCGUGGCCGUCACCCUCUUCUCGCCCCUGGUGCACCUGGCGGAGAGCGAGCUGGCGCCGUUCGCCGCCACGCACCCCCAGCACAGCUUCAGCAGCAUCCCGGCCUCCUACUGGUGGGCCAUCAUCUCCAUGACCACGGUGGGGUACGGCGACAUGGUGCCGCGCAGCAUCCCCGGACAGAUGGUGGCGCUGACCAGCAUCCUGAGCGGCAUCCUCAUCAUGGCGUUCCCCGCCACCUCCAUCUUCCACACCUUCUCCCGCUCGUACCAGGAGCUGAAGCAGGAGUACGAGCAGCUGUGGAAGGAGGAGCGGGGCGAGGAGAUCGCCGCCGAGUGGGAGGAGAGUCGGUCCAAGGCCGAAUUCUCCCCGAACAGGUUCAAGAGAAACGACGACGGGCUGAUUCCAAGCGAGAGGCUCCAAGCGCCGGUGCCACCGACGGCGUUCUAGCGGGUCGCUAAGCGCAAGGCGCUUUCGUUCCAUGGUCACCUGUUAGAAAAUGGCGACGACAUACUCUGUCCUGUAGAAGCACAUUUAGACCGCUAUAGACUGUUACAUCGUGGACAGUGAGUGAGCUUAAAGUUAUUUUCUGCUCACGUCCUGGAUUCAUGCUUUAAUUCAUCAAACUAUGUGACACCCAUCAGGUUAAACUAAGCUUUCUUCUUCAUAUCAGCAAAUAAAACCUUUACUGAGAGUAGUUCAGAAAAUGUAUGGAAUAUAUGUGAUAUAACAUCUACUAGUAUUGGUAGGAGACACUUGAAUGUCUAUAAUAAGUUCAUUGAUAUAAGGAACAAGCUCGUUAGCCUCGCUAACACGUUAGCACCGAUUGACACUAGAUGUUAGAUUUCUGGUUAUUUUAGCGGUUCCAGCUAGCGUUAGACAUCUUUUUAACAUUGGGCUAGAUUUCUUGUCUUGUUUUGUCAUAUUUUUAUAUUGUUUGCAGAUUAAAUGAGGAAUUUGUAAUAAUGUAAAAGGUGGAUGAAAAUGUGAGUGAGAGGAAAAUACAAAAAUACAGAGAAACAAAUACAAGCACAAACAAAUCAAGUCACUUCAUCCAUUACUUAAGUGUUCACUUAGUGUUUGUAUAAUUACACGUCUGAAGGAUGCGUUGUUCUUCUUACAUUAUGGAUGUAAGGUUUCACAGCAUAUGUGUCCCGUCUCAGUUGAUGUUUAUUUUCAAGUGGAUAUUCUUUCUCUCUCUGGAAGGUAUUCAAACACCUUCCAUAUGCUGAGGAGAAGUCGUGUAUUCAAUGGAGCUUUAAUGUCACUAUGUGUUUUUGUUUUGCUCUUGUCUUGCUGUUUUUCCAACCAAUUGACAAUAAACUCGAUUGCUUAUUUCUAACUG